AUGGAAAGGGAAGAAUAUGAUACUUUAAAUUACUUACAAACUCUGCUUUCUAAAAAGAAUCCCAAACACUUUUAUAAACAAGAUACUUUAGCUUUAUUUGUUUACUAUAUACCCAGAAUAAGAACACCCAUUAGUUUAUAUAACUUUGUUAAAUUGUUCUGGGAUAAUAGCUGUUAUGCUACCGAUCGUAAUGUUCAAGAUUUUCAACUAUAUUUAUUGCAUGAUGCUACAAGAGCAAUCUUCGAAUUCAAAUAUGAAGUUAGUGAACCCACUUUAAGUGUAUCCUCAUUUCUAAAUACAUGGAUGCAAAUAAUAAACAGUAAUAAUAAUGAUACGAUUACUCUUCCUCACAUGGUGAUUUUAAGUGGCAUUUUGUGUAGUGCAAAGUAUAAAUUAGAAAAUUUAAGCAAAAAAUUAGUUUUUCUAGAUGAUUUUGAAACUCCCCACAACUUGGUUCUAAACCAAUUUAAUCUUGGUAUUCGACAAAAUUGGAUGAGUAGCGAUAAAAGUUUAAUGAAUAAGAAAAUAAUUAGUCUAUUGGUCAGUAUAACUCCAGUUCAAGGAAACAGUAUUAUUGUUGAGAAUGACCAGUUUAACAAUAUAGUCAGUUUAAUUCUUUUUUCAAAAAUAAUCUCCCCAUUUUUCAUUAAUAAUUCGGAAUUAAACUUUGCCAGCAAAAGUUUCAUCCAACGUUAUUUGGGGGAUAUGGUUCAAUUUAUUGAAAAUCACUGUAACAAUAAUUGUCAAAAAUUUGUUCAACUAAUUUAUGAUGAUGUAACUAAAAGUGCUUUUAACUUUGAUUCUGAUCCAAAACAACAAGAACAAUUGCAAAAUAAUUUUUUGAUUUGCAUAUUUUCUAUUUUAAACAGUUGUUAUGUUGCUAAUACAUAUGCCAUAGCUAAUGACAAAGCUACAAUUGAAAAGAUUAUGAAAAUUAUAGCCACACUAUUUCCAUUGAUUUACAAGUGGGGGAAAUUUGAUAACUAUGAAAACGUUUUCCACAAAAGCAUUUUCCAUUUUUCACAAAAUGUGUCAACUGACGAUCCAAAUAAAACUAUAGAAUAUCUUUACAAGAAAGUGAAUGAAAAUGAUGAAUCUAGUGUAAUAUUUUUUUUGGAAUGUUUACAAAAUAUACCCCUAAGUGGUAAAAAAAUUGAUAAUAAGUACACUUCAAUAAUAAGGGAAAACUUUCUUCAAUCACCAACGAAGUCCAUAAAGGUCAAUGCGCAUUUGGCCUUAAUACAUCUGUUUGGUGAUAAUGUUGAUGAUAUUGAUAAUGUAAAUUUUAUUGGUUUGUUUACCUACAUAAAUAAUGACUUGAUUAACUCACAUUACUACAAAGACUUAACAUGUGAUCAAAUUAUUUUAAUAAUGAAGAAAUUGGUGUUUAGUGGUACACCACUCUCUGCUUGUAAAGAUAAAGAUUACUAUUAUUAUUAUUAUAUUAAAUUAUUCAAUAGUAUCGAGUAUGAGUUAGUUAAUCAGGUUCAUUGCAAAGAUUUCCCGAGUAUAGAGAAAUUAAUAAAAUCAAUGAUACUUUUGUUACCAGACUUAAUUAGCCAUUACCAGUCAACAGCAGCGAUAGCAAAAACCAACAUGGAUAAGACUUACAAGAAUAGUGUUAGACAAAUUAUAGAUAAACUAGAUUUAGUAUUAAGAUACAUUUGUAAUAACUACAAUGAUCCAGAUGAAAUGUUGAAAUUUUAUUGGUAUGAAGUGAUUUGUAAUAAAUCCAAAUGGCGCGACAAUGAAAUAGGUGUUAGAUGGUGGUAUAAGAAAGUGUUGCAGAGCAAAUUGUAA